GCAUGUUAAUGAAAGUGGGACCGAACCUUAAGCUAUUGCUCUCAGGUUGGAAUAUUCUGGGUAAACUGAGCCGACGCCAAAGAACAGCCGCCCCUCUGCACCAGGCUCUUCUCCCCCUCACCUCUCCCUGGGGGACGUCUGGACACAGGAAAUUUCAGAAGACAUUUUCAAAGCUAAUCAUGAAAACAUUUGUCAUUGGGAUUGGUGGCGUGACAAAUGGUGGGAAGACAACACUGGCUAAAAAUUUGCAAAAACAUCUCCCAAACUGCAGUGUCAUAUCUCAGGAUGAUUUCUUUAAGCCACCGUCUGAGAUAGAGACAGAUAAAAAUGGAUUUCUGCAGUACGACGUGCUUGAAGCGCUUAACAUGGAAAAAAUGAUGUCCACCAUUUCUCGCUGGAUGCAAAGCCCGAGUCACUCUCCGGUAUCAACAGAGAGAAACACUGAGGACGUUCCCAUACUAAUCAUCGAAGGUUUCCUUCUCUUUAAUUAUAAGCCCCUUGAGACUAUAUGGAAUAGAAGAUACUUUGUGACCAUUCCAUAUGAAGAAUGUAAGAGGAGGAGGAGCACGAGGGUUUAUGAACCUCCAGACCCCCCAGGGUACUUUGAUGGCCACGUGUGGCCCAUGUAUUUAAAGCACAGACGAGAAAUAGAGGACAUUGAGUGGGAAAUUGUUUACCUGGAUGGAACAAAAUCUAAAGAGGACCUCUUUUCACAAGUGUAUGAAGAUCUAAGACAAGAACUAGCAAAGCAAAAAUUGUCCUGCAAAGCCAGCCUGGAGGGAUCCUCAGCAUAGCCUGCUGUAACCCUCAGUUCAGGAAUGAGCUAGUGGGGAGGACUUUCAGAUGUUUCAUUUGACUAAUCUUUUUUUUUUUUUCAUUUGACUACUCUUUAAGUUUCUCAUAACAUCUCAUAAACCUGCUCAACUAAUUUUCCACUCUAAGCACGUAAAAUCAUAAUUGUGAUAAAGUCAUAAUAAUGAAUGGGAAACAACAAAGACUGAAUUUGAUUAAUAAGAAACACUAAAUGACCGAGGAGAAUAAGGAUAUGAAGUUAUAUAUUUAAUUCCAUCCUUCUUAAAUCCAGACUUUGAAGCGAAAUUGAAUGAUUACCUAUUCUCACUAUAACAAGGCAGUCUAGUCACCAGCAUCAUUCAAACCUCCUUUAAGAAUGUUUACUUUUAUCUCAUGAUAAAAAUAUAUUAAUUAUAAAACAAGUUUUAAUGUAAAAGUAAAAGGAGAAAAAAAUAAUCACCUAUAUGUCCACCAGUCAGCAAUGUUAACAUCUUAAUGAGUACACAUCCAAUGAUUUUGCUGUUCACAUUCAUCUGUCUUUUAUAUGGUUACAUGAUUUACAUGGCUCAUUGUGAUGCUUGUUCUUUUUAAAAUUAAUAUCUAAUAUUUAAGAAGCUUUAUAGAGUCCAUUAUAUAAUGAAACUGAAUAAAACUAAAUAGCUCUCCCAGUUGAAGAACUGAAGUCUGAGUUCUGUUUUCCUCAUUGAAAGUGAAUUAUAAGACAACAUAGACAUCUUAGUGCAGAAUAUGUCACAUGUCUAGUUUCAAAUCAUAGAAAUAAGAAAUUGCAAACUAAAAAUAUAAUCAAACGUUUACAUUUUUCUUUUUGGCAUUUUUCUACAUUGGAUUUAAAAUAUAAUUUCUAAUUAUAAAGAGUAGCAUAAUAGUUCAAAUUGAUGUAAGAUUAUUGACUCAUUUCCCAAUUGUUGGAUAUUUAGUAUUGUACCGGUGUUUCAUAUUGGCAAAUAGCAUGCUAUAAAAGAUA